AUGACAUUGCCUUUAUCAAAUGUUGCUUGUGUAUGGGUUGCUAAUAGAAUAUUUGGCACAGUAAUGAUUGAUUUAUUAGUUGAACAACCUCAAAAUGAAUGGAGUAAAAUUAUUUGUAUUUCUCGACGACCAACACAAUUAGAUGUUGAAGAUAAUCGAGUAUAUUUUAUUUCUAUUGAUAUUCUUCAAGCUAGUUUUUGUGGUGUUGAUAAAGGUGGUGAAUAUCUGACAUCUCGUCCUUAUGUUGAAGAUGCUCCUCGUCAUAAAGGUUCGAAUUUUUAUUAUGCACAAGAAGAUCUUCUUAAAGAAUAUGCUGAAAAAAACGGUUGGAAAUACAUUAUCACACGACCGAAUGUUAUUAUUGGUGUAUCAUACGGAAAUUUUAUGAAUUUUGCUGUUAGUCUUGCACUUUACGCUUGUAUUCAAAAAGAAAAAGGUCAAUCAUUAUUUUUUCUUUGUAAUAAAAUUGCUUGGAAUUCAAUGAUGGAUCAUUCCAAUGCAUUAAAGAAUGCACGUUUUCAAUUAUGGUCAUCAACAAAUGAUAAAAUUCAAAAUGAAAUAUUUAAUAUACAUAAUGGUGAUGAAGUCAAAUUUCGAACAGUAUGA